GAUUGUGUGAAAGAAACUGUGCACAAUGCACCCGUCAUAACACAAGUUGGACCAGUCCCAACUAUAGUUGGGAUGAUUCUUAAGUUGAGACAGAACCUACACACAAUGCGCAAUGUACAGCCAAUGAGGUGAUCCUACAAUAACAAACCCAAACCCCAUACACCCACUCAUUUCAUAAGCAUAGAACCAGCCAGUGUAAAUACAUGUAAGACCUUAGUGACCUCAACACAACAGUACAAUAUUGAUAUUUAUCAUAAGAAUACCCUGCCUAGUUUGAAUCUGAAAAGCUGACUCAAAGUUAUCCAUGCAUACUACACUUCAUUCACACAACACAAAGACUUAAAUAUAGAAUUUGGUAUUUCCACAUUUCGCAAUGUUCACAGUCAGACUUAUAGCAGUACCAGGUAGGGAGUGUCACUGUGUAAUAGUCCAACGGAUCAUUGCUUGAAUAUACUACUCAUCUAACAGAUUGGAUGCUGUGUUUCUAGCCAUCUUCUUCUGUCAUAACUCAAAUUAUCAUUAAAGCAACUUCCAACAAAAUGGCAUCAAAUAUAACAGCUGAGUCAGUGCUAACAAAGAUAAGUCAGGAUCAUCUUGAAUGUCCAAUUUGCAGUGGACGCUUCAAGCAACCCAAACUACUGGAGUGUUCUCAUUCAUUUUGUCUUGAAUGCCUUCAACAACUCGGACAGAAUAGUCCAAUUACUACAAGGCUUUCAUGUCCAGUGUGUAGACACGAAACUCUGUUAAAUGAAAAUGGCAUUGAUGAUCUCAAAACAAACUUAAUAGCCCUUUCAUUGAUCGAAGCAAUUGAAACACAGGAAACCCAACUGAAACAGCAACAAAGAAAACAAGUACCCAGUCAGGAGUUUGUUUCCAAGUGUAGCAAGCAUACUGGCAAGGAUCUUAUCAUGUAUUGUGAAACAUGCAAGAAACUGAUAUGUACAACUUGCAUUGUUAAAGACCACAGAAUGCACCAUGUAAUAGAACUGAAUGAAGCUUCAGACAAAAGUAAACAACAUGCAACAGAACUUCUAGCAGAAGUUAGGCAGAGUAUCACAACCUUCAACACUGCCAUUCAAGAAAUAGAUACGUCCCGUAAGACAUUAGACUCUAUGUUUGCUGCCACCAAGGAGAAAAUCACCAAGAAGGCUGAUGAGGAGAUUGCCAAGGUGGCUACCAGGAUCAGAGAGGAGAAGCAGAAACUGAUGCAAGAAGCAGAACAGAUUUAUAAAGACAGAGUCAAGAUAAUGCAAACUGCACAAGCUACAAACAGCAAAGAGAAGAACAAAGCAGAGCACAAGCAGGAUGAGGUAAAUCAACUCAUGGAUCAACAGAUCAAGAUUGUACAUCACAUAGAACAACUCUUACAAGACCUCAAAGAAUACAGAGAGAAGAAACCCACAAAAGUACCUGAUGGGUUGAGUUAUAUGGACUUUAAAGAAGACCAGAACUCACUAGGGAGACUGGUGCUGAAAGAUGAGCAACAAGUGGAAUCAGCAACUUCUGCUCAGGCUAGAAAGCCAACAUUUCAAUCCAUGAAACAAGACAAAUGGACAUUAAAAACAGAAAUGAAUAAUUACAAGAACAUUGUGGAGAUUUAUGCAUGGGAUGUUGCUGCAUACUCUAAUAGUGAUAUUGUUGUGUCAGAUUGGAAAACUACCAGGUUGAUUACAAUACCAGCAGAGAGCAACCCUCAAUCCUAUAAUGUUUUAGAAGAACUACCAUUCCUAGGACUUAGAGGAUCAAGCAGAGUGACUGUGAAUAAGAAUGAUGAGCUCAUUGUUCUAGAUAGAGAAGCAGUCAAGAUCUUCAACAGGAAUUAUCAGCCCCUCCAUCAGUUCAAUCCAGGCAGUGAGCCAUCAUGUAUUGCAGUGGAUGACAACAAUCUGAUAGCAGUGGGUUAUCAAGACAAGGCAGAGAUCUCUCUACACAAACCAGAUGGAUCCCUCAUCAGAACACUGUCUGCUCCAGGGAUUGGUGGAUACUUGACUACCCACAAACAGAGACUCAUCUACACCAACUGGUGUGGCGAGUUACUAGCCAUAAACUACAAUGGUGAAAUGGUAUUCUCAGUAGAUAUCGAUCUAUAUGGGAGCCCUCUUGGUGUGUGUUGUGACAAGGAUGGUAGCAUCUAUGUUGCUGUAAGGAGAAAACCAUACUCAUUUUCAGGUGGUAUCCUUCAUUACAGUCCUGAUGGCAAGUACAUUGGAUGUAUCAAUGAUUGUACUGUUCACAAUGGUAUCACAUUCACACCUGCUGGUGAUCUGGUUGUGGCUGCAUUCAAUUCAGUUAAAAUCUAUCAGCAUGAGUAAAGACAUCAACAAACAUUAUGCUGGACCACAAUAACAUUCAAGCUGAAAUAAGCAUUUAACAACAUAAAAAUUUGGAUGUUUUUCAAAAACAUCUUCAAUUUUAUAUUCUCAUAAAUUUCAGAAAGAGUGAUAACAUUUUUUGACAUAUAAUUAUAAUAUUGUUUUUAAGGGGAAACAAAACAUUUCAUUGAACCAUUUCAACCAACCUGAGUAGAUUGCAAAAGCAAAUUCAGUCAACUCACAAAAAAAUGAACAUUUUGGUAGGAAUACAAUCUUUACAUAGUAUGUAAUUGAUUAUUGAUCUCUAGAACAUCAAUCCUUUUAAUGUUGUUAUGUCGAUUCAGUGACUUACCUCCUCCACCUCAACCAUUAGGCAACAUUCACAUCAGAAUUGAAAUAAUUCACUGAAAAUAACAACCUCUUGCUCUGAUUGGUUUAUUCUUUGCAUGACCGAAUGAUACAUUUUUUUCCACUACUUGUAAAAGGAAUGUUCAAGAGAUUAAAUUUUUCCAUAACAAAAUGCAUUCACACAGAGUUGUACACUACACAUUGAUUGUAAAUAACCAUGUUGAACUGCAGAAAGGUGUAGAUCUGUGUACAAAAUGAGGUAUCACUCUGUAACCAUGAGUCAGUUACAAACAAUGUAACUGAGUGACCUAAAUUACGUAGUUAUAAUUAUUAAACAAAAGCAAUGUAUGUAUUAACAAAAUAUAUAUAGUUGGUUUUAUUUGGUCUCAAAUUAUGUAAAAUACAUAUUUGAGGGAACAUUUAUUUGUUUUCUAUUUUUAUUUCACUCCAUCACCAUGCAACAGCAAUUUUACUUCUGGUUUAUGGUAAUGGAGUGACAUAUAUACAAUUACGUAAUUGUUUAAUAAAAGAGAGAGUUUGCAAGCAAUGUGUACAGAUACAGAUAAGAUAAACAAUAUUCUUCCCAGUUAGAUUUGUAAAAGAUCUUGUUCGCAAUCAUAGAUUCAUGUAUCAGGUCUUAGCCAAAGUAUGGUUCAAAAACUAUUUUGUGUUUGCUCUGUUUACAUUGGAGAAUUUAAGUGAGUAGUCUUUUUUAUUUAACUGAUCAUUUUCAGACGCACAUAUAAAACUCUUGUAAAGAAAGUUUCCAGCAAGCGAGUCAAGAAUAAAGAUGCCUUUUUGUUAUGCUGCAUAUCAACAAUAAUUUGCUUGAAUACAAGCAAUACCAGGGAAAAUGUUUUGAAUGCAGGGCAAAUUUACAACUAAAUCAGCAAAACAGUAUCCAUUCUGGACAUACACACAUGUGUAUGAGCUCCAGUAUCUGUUGUCAACAUGCAUAAAAAACACUGAAGCAAAAUUUACGCAUCACAUGAACACAUAAAGUGUUGACAUAUCAGUAUCUGAAGCAUUGCUAAACAACUCAAAUGUUAUUUGUUUAAAGGGAAGGUGCACAUUUGGUAAAUGUCAAAGACCAGUCUUCGCACUUGGUGUAUCCCGUCAUAA